AAGAAGAAAAAGCAGGCUGUAAAUGAUAUUUGAUUUCUCGUGCCGUGAACCCAAGCUUUAAAAAUGUGAGUUAAAUUUCUAAAACGAAAAAGUCAGCUUUUCACAGAAUGAAGUCAGCCGUAUUUGGUUGGAUCAUGCUCUGUUGUGUCUUUCCCCAAGGUUCAGGUAAGCAGUACAAGCCUGUCCAAGUGAAGAAUAUUCGUCGUGGCAUCAGAACGAAACACUUCAUUGCUUAAAUCUUUUUAACUUACUUUUGUCUAAAAAAGUCAUGACAGUACCUAAGGGUUGUCAUUGCCAGCUUAAUGUUUGACUCAGCUCGUUGUUUCACUUGUUUUGCUUUUCUCACCUCAAUAUGGUUUAAUACUAAACAUUGGCUGACCAGUUCUUUGCAAUAUCAUUGACAACAGACUGUGUCUUAAUGAUCGACGUUCGCACUGAUGUGUGUGCGUACCUUAGACUUGAGAGGUACGUUACUCUUCGUAAUUUGGGAUUUGAACUGACUUAACAAAAUAAAUCCUAAAAAAAAAGGACUACCUUAAUGGAGGCGUAAAAGCCUAUUGGCUACAUAGCGCUCAGAGUCGAAUGCACUGAUGUUGACAAAAUACUUUGUGUUAGAGCUGAUAGCAGUUUGGAGCCAAGCUUAUGUAGAUGGAGGGCUGUGAAAUGUUUUGAAGUUAAAGCACAAAUGUUUUAGAGAAGCCAACGGUAUCCUGAAGCCCAGUAUUCUUUUCAUUCACGCUCGCUGCAGAUAUUUCUUUACCCUUUGAUUUGAAAAGUCAAAACAGGUGCUUUGCUGGGUUAAGUCACUGUGUAAUCAUCUUUUGUGUAAGCAUGUAGAACCUUAGGUUGUAUCCGGCUCGUAAUCUUCUUUAGGACGUGAACCGCGGAGAUUAGACCCAUGUAAUUGAGGUAUACAGCAAGUCGACUAACACAUAUCAUAAACACGUUUGCAGAAUGCAUGAACAUCCAUGGAGGGCGACAUAUAAAAAUGAAAAAAGAGUGGAAAAAUAAGAAAAUGAUUUUCAAAACGGAAUUUCAAGCGAAAGGAAGUGUUACAGCCAGACCAGAAAUCGAAAGCAAAAACAUGGAAAAAAUGUUGGCCGGGUAAGCAUCCGUUAUCUGUCUCAAGUUUAUCUACUGCUUUUUUUUUCAAUUUUUUCAUUUCUUUUUUUUUUUCAUUUUUGCCCAAGGGGAGCGGCACUAGUUAAGCUUGAGGGUUUUUAUUUCAGUGUUAGAGCUCUCUGCUAAGGGCAAUUAUGAUGAUUACCGAAAGUCUCUGUUAUCAUUUUGUUUUCAGGAGAAUAGCACCCAGUAAACCUUUGACACAGAAAAGAUCAACAAGUUCUUCACAAGACUUAGACGGGGCAGCAAAGAUCAUUUCUCUUCCAGCAACUAGAAAAGAUGUUUUAGUGAGAAAUCCCCAAAAUGUCCACUUCGCUAAGAAAGUCGUAGUUGGUAGUCAGUUCCGAAAACUUUUAAAAAAACUGUACCAAAAUCAUUCGAAAGAUGUUCAGGCUAUCAAAAGAAAACUAACUAGUGAACAACUCCAGUUGUUAGAAUCCAAAGAGGAAGGUGAUGAGGAUAAAGCCGACAUAUACAGCAUCGAAGGUAAAUCAGAAGCUUCCAAAAAUAAAACAGUCGUCGAACUCCGAGCUGCAAUACUGAGGUUAUUGAACGAAGUUGCAAAAAAGGCUAAAUCAGCCCACAACGCUGAACAAAGAUAUAAACAAGACGAAUCAUCGAGACACCCUUUUAGAAGAAAAAAGUUCGGUCAGACUUUAAAGACAGAGAUAGAAGAAAGUUAUGAUCAUAGCAGAAGCCCAUCUUCCAUAGCUAAAGGAGAGGAUCUCUCUGCAAAGCGCGCAAACUAUUUGGAUCUUCUUAACUUCAUCGCACGAAUGAAAAGCACGGACAUUGGAAAAGAUGUUGAUUUGUACAACACUGAUAGUAUGCGGAGUUCGAGUAUGAUGGAAAACAGUGGCAUGAAUAAAAUGCUGAACUCAAGAGAUCUAAUGACACAAAUUCCUAACACAGGAAAUAUGCAAAGGGAAGAAAAGGGAGUCUUGCCAGGAGAGGGAAUGCAAAUGCAGGAAUUAAAUCUUGCGAAACAAAGGUGGCUUCUUGAAGACCAGUUGGAAAAUCGCAUCGCUCAACUUCAGUCGAAAGCGCGAUUACCUGUGCCCCAACAAGAAUUUCCACAAAUACAAAAUUCUCAAAACAAUGACAUGACAGACUUUAUGCAACGUCUUCAGAAUGUGAUCACAACUCCUUCACUUGGGCCUAUACCCCUUUCAUAUCGAGGACCAGCCAUGUUUCAAAAGCCGUCAUUUCUUCCUCGUGUUAAUCAAUAUCUACCUUUUGCACGACCAUUCCCCGCCACCGAAACGCGGUUACCUUUCUAUCGACCAAUGAAUCCAAGACCUCCAUAUCCAAUGGAUGACGAGGGAGAAGAUGAUAAUGAAGAUGACGAUGAUAAUUCCGACUAUGACAAUGAUGAACGAGAUGAGCCUCCACUACAUCAUCCGGACCGUGAGCACGAAGAGAGUUACAAUGCUGACGAAGAUGAAGGGGAACAAAGAUACCCUGACAUUGACGAAAGAUAACACUUUCGUUUUUGUCAGCUUCUAUUGACGUUCUGUAUAUAGAUAAUGUCACAACUCUGUUAUUUCAUUUUAAUGUUAUUUCGUUUUAAGCUAGUCCGGUUACAACAAAUUUUGUAAAACCCCAGUAUGUGUGGAAGUCUUGAGAUCUGCUCUGCUCUAGGAAUGAUAAAUCUUAAUGUUUCAAUUAGUUCGAAGGGUUCCACCUAAAGCGUUUAAGUCUUGGUUUAUGUUUUUGUCAAAGAUGAUCAAGAUGUCCAAAACAAUAAUAGCCUACACUAUUGUGUGUCUCACGUUGUAGUCACUUCUGCUGUAGAUCGCUAAUGCAGACCCUAGGACUACUCCAAAAGUUGAGAAGUCGACUAGUUACGUGUCACCUAAACAUAAGAUUGUACUCCGCUGUGAUUGGUUGGUUUCCACACUUAACCACCAGAGUGACUCUAAUAUCAGCCCUAAAUAAACAAUUAUGUUCAUGAAAACAAAGAAAAGAUCGCCAAUUAGAGAAGCUCUUGAUUAUUAAACAAAUUCUCCUUGUCGGUAUCGGAGGAAAAAUAUAACGAGCAGCAGAGGGUUUAACGAUUGUUAUUGACGCAUUUUGAUAAUUGAUGUCCUGGUGAAGUGUUUGCACAGCGAUCCACUAACCUCCUGUUGAUAUCUUUUUUUAUCCUGGAUGCCUCUCUAGUUACCAAGGCGGAAAUACUUAUAUAUUUUUUUACCACUCUUCUUUACCAUGAUGAGUAAUUACACCAUGCUUUCACCAGUUAUGUCAACAUGAGCCCUAGAUGGAUAGAAGUUGAAAUAAAACCGUGAAAACCACCGGUAAGAGUGUUACUUAGCAACACCACGCAAUCGCAGG